AUGUCUCCUCCUACCGACCAGAAGGUUCUGGGCAUGCCGGUAAGCUACCACACUCCCUCCUCCCCUUUCACCCGAGGCUGCGCGAAAAUUCCCGCGCCGGCGACGUCGCUUCCAUCCAUCGUCGACCUGCCUUCAGUGGCCAUCGACUUCACCAAUGGCUCCAUCGAGACGACACCUGCCUCGACUUGA